GUAGAGAAAAGGGGAAAACCUAAAUCUUUGACUGAAUGGUGACGGUCUGGAUCUGAACCUUGUUCUUCCAACCCUUCUGCCAGCUCUGAGCCUCAUUGAGCUCUUCCCUACCGAAAGCAACUCCAACUGAAAGUUUUGUCACAUUUGGACCCGUUAGCUCUGCAUCAGCUUGAAUAUAUUUGAAGGAGUAUACACUGUAGAAAAUAAACAGCAGAGAUUUUCUUGGAUACUUCUGUGUGACAACAUGGCAAAGAAAAACAGCCAAAAAGAUACAUCCGGAGUGGUGUUUGAUACCCGUUCAAAAAUGGUCAUGUCCCAGGGUGGAACGGCUGAGAGGAUGAAGGAGAAGAUCAGUGCUGUCAGGGCGGUUGUCCCCAACAAAAGCAACAAUGAGAUUGUGCUGGUGUUACAGCAUUUUGAGAACUGCGUCGAUAAGGCCGUGCAGGCUUUUUUAGAAGGCAGUGCAGCUGAGAUCCUGAAGGAGUGGAAUGUCACUGGAAAAAAGAAGCCCAAGAAGAAAAAGAAGCCCAAACCUCAGCCAGAAGCCCCAGCAGAACCUGCUCCACCUGAGGCCACAUCGCCCGAAGAGGGCAAGGACGAGCUGAAUGGCUUUCAUGCCAACGGCUCAGUAAUGGACGGAGAGUCUCUUGAUUCGCUGAGUGAACACUUGGACUCUGCCUCCCUGGAUGCAGCCGAGCUGGACUCUGAACCUGCUACAUCCGAAACCACCGGUGCAGAAGCAGAAAGUCAAGGUAGUGCUCCAAGUCCCACCUCUCAGCCAGGAGGAAGAAAUCACCAGACUCCCAGAGGCAAUAAGUCACGACAAAGGCCAAACUCAAAUUCACAUCAUCCCCCUGCCUCAUUAGCAUCUAACACAGAUGAGCAAGGAUCAUCAGGAGUAAAGAAGAUGGCUUCCAACAUUGAUCGCUCUGUGAAGGACCUGCAGAGAUGUACUGCAUCACUGACUCGCUACAGGAUGGUAGUCAAGGAGGAGAUGGACUCCUCAGUAAAAAGGAUGAAGCAGACAUUUGCUGAACUACAGAGCUGUUUAAUGGACAGAGAGGUGACUCUGCUGGCAGAAAUGGACAAAGUGAAAGCUGAUGCCAUGAUGAUCUUGGACGCCCGGCAGAAGAGAGCCGAGGAGCUCCGGCGGCUGACAGAUAAGUCGGCAUCCAUGUCAGAGGAGCAGCUGACUGAACUGCGUGCAGACAUCAAGCACUUUGUGAGCGAGCGUAAAUACGAUGAGGACCUUGGAAAAGCUCUAAGAUUUACAUUUGAUCUUGAACCGCUGAAGACGAGCAUUGCAGGGUUUGGAUCAGUUUACCACCCACGUACAGGCUACUCAAACCGAUCCCGCUGUAGCUCCACAUCAUCUUCUGUCGCCAGCCCCACCCUGCCGGAGACGCCUGCUCCUACCCAGAUCCAGAGCAACCACCCAAGUGAAACCCGUCCUCCACCAGCCAAACAGAUUUUCCAAGGAAACAGGCGUACCUUCCACGGACAAGGUUAUCACACAGGUGGUCAGCGGUAUAACGGUGGUUCCUACAAUGACAGGAACGCUGGUCGUGCAAACCACCGCCAUCAGAAUGAUGGUGCCUCCUCUGGGCCUACAUCACAGCACUCUAACAACUCAAGAGGUCCCUCGCAUUCCUCCACAUCCUCUCACAACCAAGACCGACCCUCUCACAAUGGGCUUCCCCAAAGGGUUCCACGAACACCUGGUCCUUGACAUUUAAAAAAAACAAAAAAUCACAAGCUCAAUCAAACUCAUCAACUAACCCUUGAACUCCUCCUUCUCUCCACAUACCCUUCCCCAACCCUUCACCUCCUCCCCACCUACUAACUCCUUUUAAUGAAGAAUAGAAUACAAGUUUACAUAUUUCUGUCAGUUGAGCUGUAGUGCCGCCUCGCCACAUCAAUCAAUUCAUCCUUCAAACUUGAAAAGCGCUCACUGUUCUGUAAUCGCUCUUCCUCUUUCUUUUCUCGCUCCUGAUGACGGUUAACAGUUUCUAUCUUUAGGCCCCUUUUGAGAGAUCUUACUGUCAUGCUAUUGUCAGUCUCUGAUAUUAGUUUUAACAGUUAAAGCAGACUGCCAGAGACUGACAUGAUUACCUGCAACAAUUUGUGCACUAUUGAAGUUGAACUCUUAGUACUUUUUCUAUUUUUACUGUGGCUUUGUCAGCUCUCUGAUUCGAACCUCAGAUCUUGUUAUUCUGCUUGUCUCCCAGAACCAUUUCAAUGCCUUCACCACGGAAAGCGUUGUGAAAGUGUAAAAGCAGUUCUAGCAUUAGCUGGGACUUCUGAAGAGUAGACAUGCAAUCAACACUACAAACUGUCAUUAAUCAUUGCAAGGUAAAGAAAAAAGAGACAUAUCAAACUGUAAUCCAGAGCUUUUUGUACAGCUGCUACAAACCGUAGGGAACUUGUUAACGCUAGGGCUUGGCUGUAUUGAGAGUAACACUGUGGACACAGAUGUUACCCUUUUGAAAGGAGUAGUUUAACAUUUGUCAGUGCGCUUUCCCUCACUCUUUGCUCUGAGUUGCAUAAGUAGAUUAACACACGUGUGCACUAAAUAUGAAUCUGGCAGCUGAUUAGAUUAGCUUGGUGUGAAGGCUGCAGAAGGAGAGUAACUGCUUUGGCUGUCUUAAUUUGGCAAACUGCACCUCUAAAUUCACCAAUUCACACAAUCUUUUCUGGGGUUUUGCACAAAACUGGGAUUUUUCUGGGGGGUUAAGUUUGAGGCUAGCUGUUACUCAUUUCUGGCUUUAAUGCUGAACUGAUUGGCUGCUGCUUGUAGUUCCUUAUUUAAUGUAAGCACAAGUGUGUUAUCUACCUUCUCAUCUGACUGCAUGGAGGUGAUAAGUGCCUAUCCCAGUGUCAAAUGUCAAACUACUCCUUUUUAAUAUUGCCUAAGGCAGUGAUGUAUCGCCCUCCCACUGGCCGCCGGAGUUAUCAUGUGUGCUGUUUUUUGUUUUUUCUUAGCUAGCUGUCCAUUGUUUUAUAACAAAGAGGGCUCAUUACCUUUUGUAGAAUAAUGUUAAAUAUGUAAAAACUCUCAACAAAGGAUAAGUCCUUUGUGGUGCACAUGCUUUUUCAUAGUUCUGAACAUUUAUUCACAGGCCGUUUGUUCUUUGUGUUUUUCUUGCACACGAAUGGCAUAUUAAUGUCGUGCUUGCCUUUAGUCACGGACUUCACAUUUGCCUUUCUAGAAACAUGGAUGUCUGCAUCAUGAUGGCUUUGUAAACAGACGGUACUCAUAGAGCAGAUAUGCGAUUUAUGAAUAUGUGCAAAAACAAAGUGUAGGAUCUAUUCUUCCCCUUUUCCUGCCUGACUGAUAUAGAUAUCAGCCAUUCACUGAUUUAUGGAUAUUGGCAUGUAUGCUGUGUGAUAC